GUUUUGAGUCACAACUGGUUUUGGAUAAAGAGUUGUGUUGCUUGUGUUCAGCACAGCUCCUUAUUUUCCAAAUUUUUUAAUCAAAUUUAAUAAAUUGCGAAAAUGGUGAAACGUAAGACACAGGCAUUAAUCGAUUCCGACUCGAGUAAUGAUUCAAACAGUGAUCUAGACUCGGAAUUCUUAAGUUUGGCCAAGAAGAAGAAUAGAAAAAAAAGGUCACCCAGCACUGCAGAUAACUCAAAACCCGAAUCCGACUCUGAGAGCGAGACCGAGAAUGUCAAGGCGAAGAAGCGCAACAAACAUUCGUCCGUGUCGUCGGACGACGCCCCCAAAGACGACGGAAAGCAAAAUUCCGAGCCCGAAGAGGGCGAGGUAUCCGACAGUAGCAGCUCCGAGGAGGAGUUCAACGACGGCUACGACGAUCAGCUGAUGGGCGAUGAUGAGGAUCGUGCGCGUCUCUCCAGUCUCACGGAGAAGGAACGCGAGACCGAGAUUUUCAAACGAAUUGAGCAACGCGAGCUGAUGAAGACAAGAUUUGAGAUUGAGAGGAAACUGCGUCUGGCGAAAAGGGCGGAGAGGGCCAAGGAGAAGUUGGCAAAGGGCAGGGAGGACCAGCCGAAGUUGGUGCAGUACAGUUCCAUCGAUCACAAGGAGCGGAGCAAGGAGCGCAAGAAGAACAUCGAGGAGAAUCGCGGGAAGGUCGACAAGAGGGUGAACGCGAUGGCCGAGUUGAAGGCGCGUCGCGAGGGCAAGCAGAAGCGCGAGGAGCUCGAGUCCAUUCGAAGGGAGGAGCAGAGGAAGAGGGACGAGGAGGAGGCGGAAACGUCGCCCACCAAAAGUUCCAUUAAGCUUAAGGCGUGCGAUAUUUACUCGGACGACAGUGAAAGUGAAGGUGGUAAAAGUUCGCCCCCACCCACGCGACCCGCACCGCCCGUAACGGUGUCUACAAGAUCUCGCUCAUCGUCGAGCUCCAGUUCAAGCGAUCAAUACGAAGAGGAAGCGCCGAAACAGGCUUACGUGCCGUCUCGGAUGGACUUGAAUCUAAUCCGAUUAUCCAGACACAAGCUGGAGCGCUUCGUCCACUUGCCAUUCUUCGACCGAAUCGUCAAGGGCUGCUUUAUAAAGAUCGGCAUCGGACAAAACAACAGCCUGCCAGUAUAUCGCGUGGCGGAAGUGACUGACGUGCACGAAACUGCCAAAAUUUAUCAGUUGGGCAAUACCAGAACGAAUAAGGGCGUGCGCGUCAGGCACGGAGCGCAAGAGCGGGUGUUUCGAUUGGAGUUUGUGUCGAACCAGGAGUUUUCUGAAUCCGAGUAUCUCAAGUGGGUUGAGGCGACGACCGCCGCCGCCAUUGCGAUGCCGACGCAAGAACGUAUAAAAGAGAAGCAGUUAGACGUUAAGGAAGCCUUGAAUUACGAGUUUAACGAGCAAGACAUUGAACGCAUCGUCCGAGAGAAGGAGCGCUUCAAGACAAACCCCUACAAUUACGCAAUGAAAAAGACGCAGCUGAUGAAGGAGAGGGACGGGGCGCUGGCGAGGGGCGACGACGAGACGUCGCGCGAAAUUUCGCAGCGCCUGCAGGAGUUGGAGGAGCGCGCGUCCGAAUUAGAUAAGCUAAGAACAUCGUCUAUCUCGAGUAUAUCGUAUAUUAAUGAUCGUAAUCGUAAACGAAACGUGGAGGAAGCCGAACGGGCCAUCAUGGAGGAGUACAGAGCUAAUAAAGGAAAAAAGAUUUCAGAUCCGUUCACGCGCCGCUCAACGAAGCCUCGCAUGACAUUUAAAGUGACCUCCGAGGAGAAGGAGAAUCCCGUCCCCGUACCGCAAGCGAUGGAAGUGGCGGUCGAAAAGGCGGACACGCCCGUCGUACCGAUUCCGGUGGCGAUCCAAGUUUCCCAAGAGGAUUUGUUCUCGGCGCACGAUUUUGACAUUAAAAUCGAUCUCGAAGUACCUUUACCAAAUACCUUAGUAAGCGUUACGCCAAAAACGGCUUCGAACAAUAUAGGGCCCAAACGAAGUUUAAAUCUACAGGAUUAUAAGAAAAAGCGAGGUCUAAUUUAGUAUAGGUUAAUUGUGAUUUAUAUUUAGCGUGUUAGCGACUCUAUGUAUCAAUUUUACAUAGGACAAACUUAAUAAUAAUAAUAACGUUUGAUUUAUCGUUAAAUA